CCCCAGCCCGUUCGGAUUUAUUUGACAACACGAACGCGGCAGGGUAACAAGGCCCGAACAAAACGACGCACAACGUACCGACCGCAAGCAGUCAUCGGUAGGAGUGCAUCCUGGCAGGAACACCAGCGAAUAUUUUACAUCCUAAUUAAAACAAAUUGUGUGCAUUGACGAACAUUACUGUGAAAUACAAGACAAGUUUACAAGUGAUUUUUUGUGGGGAAAUAUUUUAUCAUGGCUAAAGAACUCAAAGGUGCCGACAGUAUGCUUGGUCUCUCCGAGAUAACGGAGAACAAGAAGGUAUGGCGGAUGAUCGUCGCGGAGUUUGUUGGAACGCUCCUGCUUGUCUUUCUGGGAUGUGCCGCAGUGAUUGAGAACGAGUCCCGGACGCAGAUAUCCCUUGCCUUUGGUUUGAUCGUGGCCACUUUGGCUCAGUCUUUGGGCCAUGUGAGCGGCUGUCACAUUAAUCCUGCUGUCACAUUUGGUUUACUCGUUACCGGCGACAUCAAGCUGAUCAAGGCGCUCUUUUACAUUGCGGCACAAUGCAUCGGAGCUGCAGCUGGAUCAGCUUUACUCAAAUUUGUAACACCAACUAAUGUACAAGGAAAUUUGGGCAGCACAACCCUUAAUCCAGACGUUCUUCCAUUCGAAGGAUUUGUAGUCGAGGCACUGCUUACUUUCCUUUUGGUUUUCGUAGUCCAAGCUGUCUGUGAUCCGCGCCGUAAAGAUAUCAAAGGAUCAGCACCGCUUGCUAUUGGCUUGAGCAUUACUGCAGGACAUUUGGCUGGGAUGAAAUACACGGGAUCCAGCAUGAAUCCGGCAAGAAGUCUUGGACCUGCUGCUAUUAUGAAUCUUUGGGAAAACCACUGGAUUUAUUGGGCUGGUCCAAUUGUUGGUGGAAUCCUUGCUGGCCUUAUUUACAAGUUUCUCUUCAAAGUGCGAAAAUCUGAGGACGAUUCGUAUGAUUUCUAAACAUAUCGUAGCUCAGCUAGUGGGCAACUCGUCACCAAAAAUUCACAAUAAAAUUUAUCAUCAAUUUCUUUUUUCGUCACGUUUGAUCAACAAUGAUUGUGACGAUAUUUUUGUUGUUUAUCGUAAACGAAUUAUUUCGGAAUAGUGUACGUAGUAUCUAUUUAUGCAAUCUUACUUGAUAAUGGAUUAUUGUUGACACAAAAUAAGAGAAAUACCAUACGAGCGCAACUGAAAAUUGAAGACAAAAAUGAAGAAUAUCAGAUAUAAAACAUCAAACCAAAAUUGUAUUAUAUGUAUUUAUGAAGCGAUUUUAGAUUAUAAAUUAUAUUAUCUAGAAAUUAUAUACUUAUAACUUUAAGGUUUCCGAAAAUUAAAAAUAUACUUACUGUGUUUUAUAUAGUUAUGUAAAAUAUUUGUAUGUACUUUACAAAUAAAUUGUAUCAAACAUG